GGUCGCAAUACGUCUUAUCACUCCUUAUCAAUAUACGUCUCUGUACAUUCUGUGCAUGAGAUUUUACAAACUAUUAUUUCAAUCAAACCAGAUAUGAGAGUGUUUUUGGUCUUGAAUCUGCUCUUUCUUAUUUCCUGCAUCAAAUCAGAGGACCCAGAAGGCUCAGCAAGAACAUCGAGCGAACCUUGGUCUGAUGAAAUCCGGGCGUUGCGAAUGGAGCUAAUGGAAAUGCGAAAAGAAAUGUCACACCAGGAAGAGAAAAUAAAGCAACUCGAAGACGAUUUAAAGAAAAAACCUGAAAAGUGUGAAUGCCCUCAAACCGAUUUUACUGAAACGGAGUCAAAAGAAAAUGUCCAGACUCAGAGAAAAGUCCUGAGGACAGACGAAGGUUACAACAGAGACUUUCUGAAAGACUACAAAGCUGUGAUGAGACGAUUACUGCUACAUCCAACACCAAGUCCGUCAUCGCCACCUAAUAUUUUACCCAGAAUAGCUUUCAGUGCCGAUGCACCGUCAGAUUAUAAAAACCUAUCCCUACACCAUACUCUGAUCUUUGGACGUGUCAUUUUAAACCAAGGAAACCAAUACCAUCACACUACAGAAAUCUUCACUCCUCGCGUUUCUGGAGUAUACGUAUUUUACGUACAGCUAGUGGUAAGUUUAAAUGGAGAUGUCCACACUGAGCUAGUCGUAGAAGGAGUAAGAAAAGGUGGACACUAUGUACAAAGCCACACUCCAGGAGGGUAUUAUAAUGGAGGAGGAAUGACCAUCGUCCAUGUUAAUGCUGGGGACUCCGUCUGGGUUCGACUUGGAACGCAGCAUGGGACGAACAGCUUUGGAUGGGAAAGCAGCUUCUCAGGAUUUCUGUUAUAUGAAGAUUAAUAAAAAUCUUGCUUAGUACGAGGGUAAUUCAAAAAGUUCGUAGACUUUUGUCAUAACUUUUUUUAUUUAACGUCAUAUUUAAACCAAAAUUGGUACAUAUAUUUUAACAACAGAUUCAAAUAUUUUGAGCAAAGAAAUUUGAAUAUAUCUUGGUGUUUGUCAAAAUUAUCAAAGAUUUAAGACAGUAAAAAUGGGGUCACGGAGCAGGGUCAAUAUUGAGUUAUUGACUGAUUAUUCGCUUUUCAUAUCUAUAGCCAUACCUCUUUAAAAUUGUCCUUAAAUGAAAUAAAAUUCACAUACUUAAAUUUACUAUUGUUUCAUUUCUUCAAAAGCAAAAAGUUAAUGUAAUACAUUGCUUUGUUUAAAAGAUAUCCAUUUAUAUAGACAGAUAGUCUUAAUUUAAAUAAGCAAAAAAUCAUGACGUUGAAGGACGUCACGGAGCAGCGAGUAGCAAUAUAAUUUUGUUUUGCAUUUGGAAACUUAAAAAAAAACUCCGAAAAUGCUGGAGAGACCAGGAAAAAUACAUAAAAUGAGCCGUGUAUUUGUUUAUAAUAGAACAGACAAUUUUUGAGGGGUAAAGACUUUAAAUUGGGUGAUGGGCGUUCUGCAAGAAACAGAUUAUAGUUCAAAAUCUUUUCAAAAGAGUUAGUAACGUGAUGUGCACUUCACUGUUGCGGAACCUAUAAGAGCAGAGUUACAUGGUAAAGGAUUUGAAAACAUUGACAAUCUUAUUUAAAUUAUACUCAAAUUAUUGAUAGCAUACUAGGUGUCAAGUGUUGUGGAAACGUUUUAAUGAAUGAGAAAUACGAUACAAACCAUGUAUAAAAUGAAAAGGGCCCUGUGAGUUUGAGAAAUGUUCUUUAACGUUGUUUUUGACGUUACAUUGUUUUUGAUCGUGCUCCGUGGCGACAAAACAUGUUGCAUUUAAAAUUGUCUAGUAUGAGUUCCGUUUAAUCAAAUAGAAUGAAACUUCAGAAAUCUAUGAAAUAUAUCUUUUUACAUUUAAAAAUAUACUAUUGGACUUUUACGAGAAGCACUGACUUUUACAGUUGACGGUUUACUUGGACAUUUAAACUUUUAUCAUGUACGGAGGUACAGAAUUGAUAACACAUAAGAAAACCUUUCUAGUGGUCAGAUGUAUGGUGUAAGGGGUAUUUGCAUGUGAAGGCCGGGAAUUCACGGUAGUUGGUUUUGUUUUCUUCAAGGACAACAUAUAUGUGCACUGAAAUUACCCGUUAUUUUCGCUAAAUUAAAAGUUAAGCUAAAUAUUUAUAUCGUAAGAGAGCUUCCGUAUAUUUUUCUAGUGUAAAAGUAAGCGUCAACUGUAAAAGUCAGCACUCCUCUUAAAAGUCCGAUAUUAAGAUUUGUAAAAAAUAAUGUGAUGAUAAGGAACAUUGUCAACGUAUUUUUUGAA